AUGUCAACACGCGGUAGUGAGAACGAUUCCAAGAAUAUAAAAACAUUCUUCAUCCUCCUCGUCGAUAACCACGUAUCAAUUACUUAUCUGUUAAACCGCGAAAAUACCGUCGAAAAUACGUCGAAAAUACGGCGAAAAAAUAAACGGCGAAAAGAUAGACGAAAAUACGGUGAAGAGAUACGGCGAAGAGAUACGGCGAAGAGAUACGGCGAAGAGAUACGGCGAAGAGAUACGGCGAAGAGAUACGGCAAAGAUACGGCGAAAAAUAGAGU